CCCACAUAUUCCCCCAAGGAGCCUCACAUAGAGAGAUGACGCAGCUAUCUGCUGGAACUUAUCAGAACGAGGCUAACGACGCUGGGCUUAUCAGCAACCAGGAAAUACUUCCAAAAUAUAUCGUAAAUAAUCACUGUAUUUAACAAUAUUUUAAACUAAUUUCUUUAAUCAGACAGGAGCAGGGACAUUCAGUGAUAUAAUUCGGAUAAUUUCAAAGGAAUGAUGGAAGCGGACGGCUUCGGCGGAAAUGACGCCGAACAAGAGACGGCGCAUGCGCACGCACCCGGCGGUGCUAACAAGCUCGAUAAUGUCGUAAACCAACUUGAAAAACAACUAUCUCACUUUGGUGAGACAACUAAAAACAUCAAAACAUUGGCGGCAGCCGUAGCAGAAAUGCGUGAAGAAAUAAAAGAAAUAAAAAAGAGGCCUGCAACAGAAAUAAUAGAUCCCACACCACCCAAAAGACGAAUUAUUUCCCUUGGGGAGGAUUAUGAGAGGUCAAACAGUUCCGACCUCCCUGCAACUGUUACUUGCACGACGGAUUCGGAAAACGACGACGACGAUGCCGAACAACAAGUAAGCAACAAUGAUCCAUUAUUAGUGUACCUUAAUAAUGACAACAGAAGCGAAAAUACAGCAGACGAAAACGAAUUUGAUCAACUGGAGCAGUUUUUCCAGGGUGCGGAAGAAACUGAGGGGCCUGUAGAAGAACAGCUUGCGAAGAUAUCAGGACUGGCAUUGCGAGGUCGCACAAAUAAAUUAUCUAAACAAGAUGAAGAAGCACUGGAGGCCUACAAGAAGAAGUAUAAGAGGCCUGAGAACAUUGAAUCACUACAGGUUCCGAGACUGGACGAUGCCAUAUGGAGGGAUGCCAGGAGUGGCCUUAAAUCAUAUGAUUUCAUGUUGCAAAAAACAACUGCUGCCCUAAACUUGGCUCUGAUACCAGCAAUUCGAGCACUAGAGAACAUAAAGAAAAAUGGAGAGGCACAUCGCACACAAGAGAUGGUAAUGGACACGUUCAAAAUUUUGUGCCUUCUUAUUAGAGAAACGACCGCUACAAGGGCAGCACGAAUAAAAAAAUGGGUACCACCACAAUACAAAUCGGCGUGCGACUUGCCAGCAAGUUCAAAAGGUCUGUUUGGUGACAAUUUCGAAGAAUCGCUGAAGAAGCUUGACGGACCGAAAAUCAAGAUGACCACUUCAAGGCUUCCUUUUUUAGGGAAAAAAGGGGGGAGGAGCUACAACAACAACUACAACAACCACAACAACAACAACCGACCAGCCAGUUACUUCCCCGGUCACAACAACUAAAACAACCACCAACAGCGCCGAGGAUACAAUCAAAUUCAAAACCAAAUAAGAACAAAACAACAACAGAGGGGAGGCAGAAGGAACAAUCCCCAGAAACACUAAAUGAUUCUGGUAGACAGAGUGUUGCAAAAAGUGGAGGAGAACCAAGCCGAAGCAGUGCUAGUGGCUCCGGUGUGGCCAACACAAAGUUGGUGGCCAAGUCUGCUGCAUCUGAUAUGCGGACCUUGCUUCAAGCUUCCCAGGGUGUCCGAGUGUCUUUACCUGCCACACAAACUUCAAGCGAAACACCCACUAACAAAGAUGAGCUUAGGAGUUUUUCAUAUAUCAGGGCAGCACUUAGAAAUAAAGGAGUCCCUAAAAGGGCAAGAAAAAUCAUUCUUAAAUCAUGGAGAAACAGUACCAAAAACAAUAUCACUGCUAUAUUACAAAAUGGAUUUUAUUCUGUGGCGAACAAAUUAAUCCCUUUCAACCCACAAUUAAUCAGGUGUUAAAAUUCUUGUCAAAUUUAUUUCAUAGUGGUCUUAAAUUCAAAACAUUAGGUCUAGCUAGAUCAGCAAUUAGUGUCUUCCUGAAGCUUUGCAGUAAUAUUGAUAUUCAUCAAAAUGAAGAAAUUGUAAGAUUCAUGAGAGGUGCUUUUUUAGAAAGGCCUGCUUUACCAAAAUACCACCAAAUUUGGGAAGUCAGGAAAGUUCUUUUAUAUCUACAAACAUUAAAUGAUGUGACUUUAAUAGAGUUAUCGUGUAAAUUGUCGAUGCUUUUUCUGUUAGUAACAGCACAACGCUGUCAGACACUACAUUUAAUUGAAAUCCAGGAUAUAACAAUUUCAGAAAAUAUGGUUACAAUUAUGCCAAACCACAUGCUUAAACAGACUAAACCAGGGAAACAUUUAGAUGUCAUAAAAUUAAGAGCUUUUAAUAAGAACAGGGCCUUAUGUAUUGUAAACACCUUUCAUGAAUAUCUGAAACGCACUCAAAGCCUCAGGACAGACAAGAAAUUGCUGAUCAGUACAAUGAAACCACAUAAACAAGUGGCCAAAAGCACUGUUUCCAGAUGGGUGAAACGGACUAUGCUAAAGGCAGGUAUUGAUGUCAGUUAUGGACCCCAUAGUACUAGAUCAGCCUCCACUUCGAAGGCAAAAAAAUCAAGGGGUUUCAUUAGAAACAAUCAUAAAGACAGCAGGCUGGGCAAAUGCGAAGGUUUUUGCCUGUUACUAUGACAAGACUAUUGAACAGGAUACUAAUACCUUCCAGGAAGCCAUUUUGGAAUGAU